CAGUGGUAAAGCGGAAAGUCCAAGAUGGCGGACUAAGUGACGUGGCUUUCCGGAGAAGUUUCACAUUUACGAUCUUAUAGAUUCAAAAAUAGCAUCAAAUACCUCAACUAUUCACCUUUUCUUAAGCCCACCAAACGGACUUUGAGUGUGGAGCGAUGGCGUGUUAUCUGAAGUGAAGAUUGAAGACGUGAUAGAAGAUGGACGACUACUGCUAUGCUAAGAUGGCGACGUCCGCUAAAAGAGAACAUGAAAGAGAAUCAGCGCCACCAACGGAGAACAAUCUGAAAAGCGAAGAUGAAGACGUCCAGCAGCUGAUCUGUAAUCCAGAAGAAGUUUCCCCUCAGUUAGGGGGGAGCUCCACUUUGAAGCAGGAGACUCCACAACCACCCUGCAUUAAAAAGGAAGAGGAGGAACUCUGCAUCACUCAGGAGGGAGAGUGUCUUCUAGGACGAGAGGAAGCUGAUUACACCAAGUUUCCACUGAGUAUUCUCUCUGUGAAGACUGAAGAUGAUGAAGAGAAACCACAACUAGACAACCUCUUAACUCCACUAUCACAUAGUGAGGUGAAAGACAAGGUUGAAGAACCUAUGAGUAGGAAAACUGACUGUAAAGAACUUCCCCUUCAGCCUAAGGAGGGCAGCUCCACUUUGAAGCAGGAGGCUUCACAACCACCCUGCAUUAAAAAGGAAGAGGAGGAACUCUGCAUCACUCAGGAGGGAGAGUGUCUUCUAGGACGAGAGGAAGCUGAUUACACCAAGUUUCCACUGAGUAUUCUCUCUGUGAAGACUGAAGAUGAUAAAGAGAAACCACAACGAGACAACCUCUUAGCUCCACUAUCAGAUAGUGAGGCUGAAGACGAGGUUGAAGAACCUUUGAGCAGCGAUAAAGACUGUGAAGGUGAUAUGAGGACUCACACUGACAACAAACACUCUGAAUGCUCUUCAGAGAAGAGAGGUAAAACAUAUCUAAGUUGCUCAAUUUGUGGCAAAAGCUUUUCUCGAAAUAUCAAUUUGACUCACCACAUGAGAACACACACAGGUGAAAAACCAUUUAUUUGUUCAGUUUGUGGCAAAAGCUUUUCUGUUAAGAGAAAUUUGACUCAACACAUGAGAACACACACAGGUGAAAAACCAUUUAGUUGUUCAAUUUGUGGCAAAAGCUUUUCUGUUAAGAGAAAUUUGACUCAACACAUGAGAACACACACAGGUGAUAAACCAUUUAGUUGUUCAGUUUGUGGCAAAAGCUUUUCUCAAAAAAGCAUUUUGACUCAACACAUGAGAACACACACAGGUGAGAAACCAUAUAAGUGUUCAGUUUGUGGCAAAAGCUUUUCUGAUCAGAGCCAUUUGACUCGACACAUGAGAACACACACAGGUGAUAAACCAUUUAGUUGUUCAAUUUGUGGCAAAAGCUUUUCUGUUAAGAGAAAUUUUACUCAGCACUUGAGAACACACACAGGUGAUAAACCAUUUAGUUGUUCAGUUUGUGGCAAAAGCUUUUCUCAAAAAAGCAUUUUGACUCAACACAUGAGAACACACACAGGUGAGAAACCAUAUAAGUGUUCAGUUUGUGGCAAAAGCUUUUCUGAUAAGAGCCAUUUGACUCGACACAUGAGAACACACUCAAGUGAAAAACCAUUUAGUUGUUCAGUGUGCUGUAAAAGGUUCGCAAAUAAUGCAGUUGCAGUAAAACACAUAAGAACACACAAGGGAAAAUAACCAAUUAGCUGUUUAGUUUGUGGUAAGUUGCUCAUAUGUGGUGACAUCCACCCUACCCAGGACCUCCUCACUGCUUCUUUCACAAAUAUCUGAGGUAUUGCCACUAAUAAACUCAUGUACAAAUUCCAAUCCGUCUUCAGAACUAACCACUCCACUGACACAUGCCUUCUCUAUCUGACCGACCACAUCAAACAUGAGGUGGACGCGGGCAAAUACUGCGGCAUGGUCAUGCUGGACCUUCAGAAGGCCUUUGACACCGUUGGAUAAGCUCAGAGCAAUCGGAUUUAACAAAACCUCUUGGAGCUGGAUGCAAUCUUACUUGGAGGGGAGGGAGCAGGCGGUAGAGGUGAACGGCACCGUGUCCCCCCCCCCUCUCGGUGAGCUGUGGAGUCCCCCAAGGCAGUAUAUUGGGACCUUUACUGUUCCUAAUAUACAUAAACGACAUGUCAUCGGCAUACCUUUUUGAUACCGAAGGACAUGUCAAACUACUUCCUUAACGUAAAUGACCGCCAUAACCACAACACCAGGGGGUGCUCCACUAACCACGUUAAACCCAGAUUCCGAACUAACAAAGGUCUUAACUCAUUCUCUUUCUAUGCCACAUCAAUGUGGAAUGCGCUCCCAACAGGUAUAAAAGAAAGGGCAUCUCUAUCCUCCUUCAAAACCGCAAUAAAAGUUCACCUCCAGGCAGCUACAACCCUAAACUAACACCCUCCCCGGAUUGCUAAUAAUCAAAUGUAAACAAUCAAAUGCAGAUACUUUUUCUUUUUCUUAUGCCUUCUGAUCUCUCUCUCUCUCUCUCUCUCUCUCUCUCUCUCUCUCUCUCUCUCUCUC